UUUUACAGAAGAAGGGGAUCCGAUCAGAAGAAAAGAGGAAACGCAGGGGGGAGAUAACGGUGUCAAAAAGUUCAUCCCUUCUUCUUUAUUUGUCUCCUCACAUGAGAGCCGUGAAAAGGGACGCGUUUGUUUGCCUUUGUCCUGUGUAUUUAGUUCCUUCCCAGACUGAGAGGACUUACACCAUCAGAGGCGAUGAGAUGUGAGUGAGCUAUGCCUUGUGGAAAUGGACAGACUUUAUCCAAGCGAAAACAUGGCGUCUGCGUCCCGAGGUUUAGCUUCUUUUCCAGUCUGCUUGUGGCGCUCUGCUGCCUGGAGGCAUGGGGCUCCGGGCCGCAGGGGGACGGCGGCGGCAGGACUUGCAGCCCCUGUCCCGUUAACUGCAGCUGCGCGCCGGCGGGGCCCCAGCCGUCCUGCGUCGUCAACUGCUCCAACAUCGGGCUGGAGAGGGCCCCAGCAGCGGCGGACAUCCCGCUGGCCACCAGUGUGCUAGAUCUUUCCAAGAACCACAUCUCCUCCCUUGAUACCAGCCUGCAAGAUCGUCUCACUGGUCUCCGAGAGCUGUAUCUUCAAGGGAACAGGAUCAAUAUUCUCCCCAGAGGAUUGUUCUGCUCUGGGCCGCUGUCAAUCCUCGACUUGAGUAACAACAAAAUCACCACCAUAGAAGACAGAUGUGACAACCUGCGCAACUUAACUCAAAUUGACCUGAGCAGUAACCCCUUUGAGUGUGACUGUAAGCUGUUCCGGCUGGUCCGCUGGCUUAAGGGAAAUGGGGUGAGAGUUCGACGCCCAGACGCCAUGCUCUGCAACCACCCUCCUGAGCUGCGCAACCAACCUCUGCUCAACAUCAGCCAGCUCACCUGUGGUCGGACCUAUGCAGCUUGUCUGGAGGACAGCAGCAGUGGAGGAGGAGGACUGAGCGAGCUUGUUAUCUUCUCUUCCUCCACACCCGGAAACUUCACACGUGAGCAGUGUAACAGCGUGUGUUUUGCUGCGUCACACCGCUAUGGGGGCUUGGGAACUAGCCACGAGUGCCUCUGCAGCACAAACUCAGAGCCGAACCUCAUCAGCGAAUCUCAGUGUUCUGCUGCCUGUACAAACCCCCAUGUUAUGAAGGAGUGUGAUUGGACUCUGGCUGAUGACGUGUUUGUGGUGGACUUCACGGUCUCACUGAAGCCUCUCCCACUGCAAAGUGUCCACGAUCGCAUCAGUUUCUCCGCUGUGUCCUCUGUCACUCCGGUGACACUGUCCUGGGACUUUGGUGACCUUUCAUCUCGGGUCAACACUACAGGAACAGGGGUCACCACAGCAACUCACAAAUACGGACUUCCGGGACACUACGCGGUCAGUUUGAUGGCCUGGGCUGGACACAAGGAGUUCUCAGCACGCGGAGACGUGACCGUGACACUUCCUCCCAAGCUGGAGCUGCAUUGUCCAGCUCUUGCUGUAGCCAAUAAGAGCCUAGAGUUCACACUCAUCAGCUGGGGUGCUGUAGGCGUGGAUGUAGACUGGAACAUUUCAAAGGAUGGGGUCCAAGUUGCCAAAGCCUCCCCUUACUGUCCAAAGGACGGGGUGUACCACGCCGACUCCUCACGCUGUUUCCAGAUCGUUCCUGGGGAGUUGAGUUGGACAGAUGCUCGACAGCAGUGUUUAGAUCGCAGCGGGGAUCUGGCAAUAGUCAGGAGUGACGCGCUGCGUAACCUGCUGGCACCCAGAGUCACACAGGAGCGAGGCGUGUGGCUGGGCUUGAGUGAUGUCGACUCUCCAGGCAAGCUGCGCUGGGUGAACGGCUCAGAGGCACAGGAGGGAGAGGAAGGCCCGCCGCCUCGGUCCCCGAUCUCCCGUGGAAAUGUGUGCGUGUCUCUCGAUCAGCGCGCUCAGACCAGUUCACACCCAUGCAAUGCCAAGCGGGCCUAUGUCUGCCAGUACAGCCCCCAAGUGCGUGUUCCAGAUGCAGGGAUUUACACUGCGGGCAUGGCUGUGUUUCCAUCCCAUAAUCAUUUGCACCGUGCCCCGAUCUCUCAGCUGUCUGCCCCACAACCUUCUAGCGGCGGCAUAGAGGUGCUGUUGUUCCCAGCUCUGAGCUUUGUUCAGGCAGGUCGUCUGUCCUCCCUAGAGUUUGUCACUCAAGAGCUCAGCUCACAAAUCCACGUCCGAUUCCAGACCUACAGACCUCACUGUCAUUAUCCCGACCUGCACCUGCUGCUGCCUGGUUGUGGAGGUCCAGCGUGUGCCCCAGUGGCUGUUUGUGUCCCCAAUGACACCAGGAGCGAUGAUCCACCCUCUUGUCCCCGACUAGAGCAGUGGUGUCCCUUCCAACACCAGUGCCUUCCUCUCUCUAGUCCCUGCCAGGCAUCUUCCUGUCCUAACUGCACCCAGGCUCACCGCCUGCCCUCUGGGGCACUGAGGCCCAGAUACACCCUGCAGAAUGAGGUGGUCUUCACUCUACCAGCAGGUCCAGCUGCACACAUACUGGUACAAGAAAUACUGGAGGACCUCCUGGUUUCCCGUGGCGAUGUCAUUGCCCUGCAGCAUGAUGCUGGCCCCGCUUCCCUCCUCCGCUGCCAGUCUUCCCCACACUCACCUUGGCGACAACCUGUCUUAGCCCUCAACCAGUCGGAGUGGUUCUGGAUCAACAGCACCGGACAGGCAACUGACACCUCAGCUGACCAUGACGCUGAUCCUCUGCCUGACCCGGAGCUUGAUGUGAAGGCGCUGGUGGAGGAUGGUGAGGGAAGCUGGCUGGAGGAUGUAGCUUGCCCCAUCAGAGUGCUCUAUGUGGGACACAGUCAGACUCAGCUGCAGGGAGCUCAGCUGUCUGCUGGUCUUCCCCAGCCUGGACUCUACAGCCUCCUGGUGACUUCAGCUGAGCCAUCAUACCCAGCUUCAGCAUCAUGCCCAUUGCGAGUGGUGCCUCCUCUGGGCUUGACGAUCCUCCACCCCCCUCCCCAAAAUGGCACCCUCUACCUGCAGCCUAAUGACACCCAGCUACUGCUCCGCGUCCAGUCUCGCUACUUGACAAAGGCCUCUUGGCGUGGCAGUAAUCACAGUGUGACCUUCCAGCCUGACUGUCCGGAGGAGUUCUCUUCCAACCCAGGGCUCUGUCAGCCCGGGCCAAGCUCAGGGUCAGGGGUCGAGGUUGCAGAGCCCAGCCUGUAUGCGAUGAUGGAUCUGAGCCUGCAAACAGAGGAGCAGAGGAGUCCAGUGCAGCUGGAGCUGGAGGCCAGUAAUAAUGUGACGGAGGCCAGCCUGUCUGUGGUUGUUCACCUGGAAGAGCCGCUCAGAGGACUUAUGGUGAAGCCGCACCCUGCACACAGGGUGCUGAUGGAGUCAGUGGUGAGCUACACAGCAUCAGUGCUCGAAGGCACCAGUCCCACAUUUAAAUGGACAGUGGAUGACAAGCCGUACUUCACCUAUUACAACACUGUCCUCAACGUCAUCUACCAGCAUGCUGCUGUCUACAAACUCACAGUGACAGCCAUGAACCAUGUCAGCAGCCUCACAGAGCACUUCAACGUGAGUGUGGACCGGCUGCAGCCCAUGGCCAACCUUACAGUAAAGGGUGUGCCAGAUGUGGUCCCUCAGGGCUCCACUCAGACUCUCACCACCUCUGUGCUCGUCGACAUGUCUGUGGCUGCCACCUUCCGAUGGUCUUUUGGUGACGGCGGAUAUAAGGAAUUUGAAUACAAGCCUCCCUACGCCCCUUCCCUCCUCUUCCCAGACUCCCCCAAUCAGGUCCUUCUAAGCAACAACGUCACCUAUAUUUACUCUCAGCCAGGAAUAUACACAGCGCUGGUGUCAGUGUCCAAUCGAUAUGAGAACAUCAGCCAGAGCAUCAACAUGAGCGUCUACAGCAUCCUGACACGCGUUGACAUACAAACAGAACCACAGCUCCUCCUCAAGGGCAAAUCAGCUGAUUUUGAGGCUCACCCCCUGCCGUCACCCUAUGGCAUUCACUAUGAUUGGCACUUUGGAGAUGGCUCAGCCCUGCUACAAGGUCGCCGCGUGGUACACACCUAUGCACAGAGUGGUGUCUUUAAUGUCUGUGUAUCGGUAAACAACACCAUCAGCUCUAUGGAGGCUUGUGCCGAGAUGUUUGUAUAUGAGGAAAUUGAAGAUUUAACAGCUGGAAGCUCCUCUCCCACAGAGCUGCACAGUCCUACGACAGUAUGGGCACGGCUUGCCUCAGGCAAUAACAUCACAUGGACAUUCUCCAUGGGAGAUGGGACCAUCAACAUAACCUCCGAACCUCAAGUGUCACACAGAUAUGUCAAAGAGGGCAACUACACAGUGAAUGUGACGGCCUCGAAUGCUGUGAGCUCUGGCUGGACAAUCCUCCCAGUGCAGGUGUUUGUCUUUCAAGUUGUGAGGAUGGAGCCGUCCGGGUGUGUCCAAGAGCGGACCCCUGUCAACUUUCAUGCCUGGGUGUCUGGUAAUGCAUCGGCUCAUCUUUAUGAAUGGUGCUUCGGGGAUGGAAGGACCAAUGAAACACACCACGGCAACCCCAGAGUGUCGCACACUUACUCGAUAAGCGGCAAUUAUCACCUGUCUCUGCUGCUUUCCAGUGGUGUGAACAAAGCCCCCAAGGCCAACUUCUUCAAGUUGGUGUGUGUGCAACCAGCUUUAACCAACAUCAGCCUCACCCUUGAGAAAUCACACUACGCUGUUGGGGAGGAGAUCCGGUUCCAGGCCAGAGCUGAGCCACAAUUUAACUACAGCUAUCAGUGGGACUUUGGUAGAGAGGAACACCUUGUGCCCAUCAGUGGUUCUGGGAAUAUCGUGACAACAUUUAAAAACCCAGGUCAUUACAAUGUGACAGUCACUGUCUUCAAUAACAUCUCCACCAGCAACACCAGUGUUGCGAUUGAGGUUUUUAUACCAGUAGGUCCGAUUGUUAUUCAACAUAAUGGCACUAAAUACAACAACCUGACCCUCAGAGCACCGUACACUUUCACAACAUCUUCCACGGCUUCCGAUGCCACUUACAUCUGGAACUUUGGAGAUGGAAAUGUGCUUACUGGCCAGAAUAUCCUCCACACCUACAACACUUCUGGAAACUACAAUAUCACACUGACAGCAGCCAACACAGUUAGCAGGAAUCACACCUCUUUACCUGUCGCUGUGCUUGCACCAAUCAGUGGACUGACCGUCAAUGCCAGCUUGGUAAAUGUCCCCCUCAAUGCCUCAGUCCACUUUGAGGCCCAUAUGGACGAGGGAGAUGAUGUCCGGUACUCUUGGAUCUUGUGUGACCGCUGCACUCCAAUUCCAAGGACCAACACCAUGUUUUACACCUUCCGCUCAGUCGGCACUUUUAACAUCAUUGUGACAGCAGAGAACGACGUGGGGACGGCACAAGCCAGUAUCUUCCUGUAUGUCCAGCGGGAGCUGGAGGGGCUGCAGAUUUUAACAGAGGAGGACAUCGGAGGAGGUGAAGGCACAGCAUUGGACAGUUGCUGCUUUGCUACAAAUCGUGUUCUCCACCUUCAUGCAGGAUUAAAGGAAGGAACAAACAUGACGUUCACAUGGAACCUUAUCAAAGAGCCAGACAACCUCAGCUCAAGCUACAACAUGAGCGGGAAGACGGUGCCAGUGAAUUAUUCCAUUCCAGGCCCAUGUGACAUCUCUCUCCGGGCAGCCAACCUCCUGGGCCAGCUGUCCGUCAAUAAAACCAUCCUCUUCCUGGAACCAGCUGGAGGGGUGUACCUGCAGAUCAGCAACAACCCAGUUGCAGUCAAUGCUUCAACUAACCUGACAGUAUUAAGUGCUGAAGGUACGAACCUGCAGUACCGCUGGUCUGUGAAUGAGGAUGUUCUGCCGUGGACAGAGCCCUGGAAGACUCACACCUUCAUCAGUCCUGGCCUAAAGCUGGUUACUGUGGAGGUCUUCAAUCAAGUUAGCUCAGAGGUUGUUUCAGAGAUUGUCAGUGUCCAGGAAGUCAUUUCUGGGCUAAAUUUCACAGCUACCAAUGUAACAGAGCAGGGUUACGUAGCAACAGGCGUCGUUGUCUCACUCCAGGGGGAGGCACUGAGAGGCACCAAUGUGACGUGGACAUGGCUGUUUAAAGGAAGAACAGAAACAGGAAGGAAAACUUCUUUGAUUUUCCAGGAGCCGAAAACAGCCGUCGUUACUCUGAAUGCGACCAAUGACAUCAGCGGUCAAGUGCUUUCCAGAGAGUUCUUUGUUCAGGACAAGAUUCAGGGUUUAGAACUGAGGGCAAGUCAGAAGAUUGCAGCAGUCGGCGAGAAGGUGGAGUUCACCAUAACUAUGGCAGCGGGCUCGGACGUUCACCUCAUACUCAGCAUCAGUGGAGAUGCCACUGUCAUACCUGAACUCAACCAUACCUACAUCCACACAUUCAGCAGGGUGGAUACGUACAUGGUGAAUCUCACUGCUCACAACCAGGUGAGUUUCAAGAGGCGACACCUCCAGGUGGAGGUGAUGGAGCCAGUGCGUGGACUCUCCAUCAAUGGAACCAGCGCAGCAAUCCCUGUAGGCGUGAAGCGAUUGUUCGUAGCCAACAUCGUGACGGGCAAACCUGUUCAUUUCCUGUGGACUUUUGAUCUGCACCACUCCCACAAGGCGCCGCAUAUGGGCAAAGAGGUUUUCUACACGCCAGAAGAACCGGGUUUAUUGACAAUCUACCUGAAGGCCUUCAACGCACUGCACGCUCAGAACAUCACCAAGCACAUCCGGGUGCAGAACCUGCUGACAGGGGCCAUCCUGUAUGCAGCGCCUCGGGACACUUUCAUUAAUAAGACAGUGACCCUGAUGGCCAGUGUUACACCCCGAUCCAAUCCUGUGGAGUGCUUGUGGGACUUUGGUGACGGCUCUACUCAAGUUCACACAAACACCACAACUGUGGGUUAUGAGUACAGUCACCCAGGACACUACCUGGUCCAAGUUAACUGCAGUAACCUAGUGAGCUGGAUCUUGGCCCAGGUGGAGGUGAACAUCAGUGUAUUGGAGUGUGAGGAGCCAGAAGUGCAUGUGGUUCAAGCCCCCCGUCUCGCCAUCUGGCGCUACCAGCCCACUCUGGUGGAGGCCAGUGUGGACCUGAAAGGCUGCCUACGCUACGGAGCUCAGUAUCUCUGGCAGAUACUCUCGACACCCUCCUGUGAUAAUGACAAAGACUCCCGUGUUGCCUCUGGGGUGGCGAAUCAGCCCUCUCAGUCUGUGCUCGUCCCAGUAGUUCGCCUGCCGAUGGAGGUGGAUGUGCGGCGGCUGCAGCUGUCGUUACCUAAGAUGACUCUGGCAGCGGGGAACUACACCCUGGUGUUUUCUCUGUCCUAUGAAGGCGUGCCGCUCAGGAAGGCUGCCUGUCUGCACCUCAGUGUCAUGGCUACCAGGCUGAUGCCCAUCAUAGAAGGGGGCACCUACAGGGUAUGGUCGAGGACUCAGGACCUGCAACUCAAUGCAGAGCAGUCCUACGACCCCAACAUGGACCCAGACAGCCAGUCACUGCUCCACUACUACUGGGAGUGUCAAAACACUUCGAAGGGCGCAGAGCACUGCUCCACUCUGAACUUCGGACUGGGCACCAGCGAUCCGGUGUUGGGGAUCUCCGGCUCCGAGCUGGAGGCCGGCGUCAACUACACUUUCAAACUGACCAUCAGUAAAGACGGCAUGCCACCAGAGUCCACCACGCAGACUGUGCUCGUACAGAGUGGCCAUAUUCCCAUGGUGUAUCUGGAGUGCGUCUCCUGUAAGGCCCAGUCCAUCUACGAGGUCAGCCAGAACUCGUAUGUCUACCUCAGAGGAACCUGCACCAACUGCCAGGGCUUUCACCGUGGGCGCUGGAGUGCCAGGACGCUGCAGAACGAGAUUCUGGUCCUGGACUCCUCCUCCACCACCACAGGGAGCGACGGCAUGAACCUGGUGCUGCGGAAGGGUGUCCUACGCCACGAAGAUUCCUACGUCUUCACCUUGCAUGUGACCGAUGGCAGUCUGGAUGGGGACGGCGUCGCCUCCAUCACUCUGCACCACAAUAUGCCCCCUGCUGGCGGGGAGUGUCACCUGAGAGGGGGAGGGGACGCGGGAGUGGAGUACGGGGAUAUCGACGGCGAAGUCUGGAGGUUACGCACGCUGUUGGACAGGGUGCACUUCAACUGCUCAGGUUACAGUGAUUUAGGGGUCUCAGAGACUCCUUUGCUCUACAGUUUGCUGGUGCUGCGCUGCAGAGAAGACCUCUGUGAGGACUUCUGUGUGUACAAAGGCAGCAGCCCAGAGCACUCUGCCUUCCUGCCCCCAGGCUUCAGCUCAGCCCAUAACCGUGUAGCCGUAUCCAUUACAGUGGAGGACCACCAGGGAGCUGCCAUCACUGCCCUCAACAAGUCCAUCGAAGUUGUGCUGCCAGAUCCGCCCCCUGAGUACAACAGCCUUCCCCACUGGCUGUCUGAGCUGACAGACAGCAAACUCAAAAAGCUGCUUGAGCAGGGAGACUCCCAGAGGGUCCGAGAGUUAUCGUUGGCUCUGAUUACAGUCCUGAAUGAGUAUGAACAGACCAGGCGGCCGGUGUCCCGAGAGGAGCGCAGUUACCGAGUCAGAGUCCGCAGCAACAUCACCAGGGCUCUGACCGCUCUAGACCUGACCACUGUUAACGACAUCAAGCAGACCUCCGCUGCUUUGGCUCAGUGCACGGCGGUGAGUCGAGAGUUCAUCUGUGAGGAGUGUCAGAACAGCACUCUGAACAAACUUGAGUCCAUGCUUGAGAUACUGCAAACUGACACCAAGCAGGGCACCGUCACUCCGACUGAGAUAGCUGACAACAUCCUGAACAUCAUGGGUGAUCUGAUCCAUCAGGUCAGCCAGUCAACAUCCCAGUCAUACCUACAGCCUGCCUACUUGGAUUCCCCCUCUCCCCCCUCUGCCUCCUCUUUUGCCUCCUCCGGUGAGGACCAAGUAGGCACCCUGUUUGACCCGUCUCCUUCCUCUCUGGAACCACACCCUCUGCGAGUGGCGGCUAAGGCGUACAGCCUGUCCUCCGUGCUCAUGCUGAUCCUCAUGCACGCCCGGGUGCUCAACGAGGAGCCGCUUGUGCUGAGGGGAGCUGAGAUCGCGGCCACAGGAAAACUGGCGGACCCCCAGAGCCUCCUCUGCUACCAUGGCAACAACAGUCCAGAGUGCCAGCGAUUCUCCAUCCCCAGGGCAUUUAACUACAGUCUUGGCAGAGCUGCUGCAGGAAACAGCAUUAUGCAGCUGCUCUUUCAGGUUGAGUCCAACCCCUUCCCCUUCAACUAAGUGGCAAACUACACCGUCUCUACUGAGGUAGCAUCCAUGGAGUUACGCACUGAAAAUGGCACCCAGAUUCCCAUCUCUGGACUGGACGAUAGUCUCGCCAUCACCGUUGCCGUCAACAAUGGAAGUAGUGGAGCAGAAGCAGGUCCUGAGGGUCCUGGCACUGGAGGGGUCCCCACAGCUGGAGCGAUUAACAUCAGCCACUGUGACUCCGUCAUCGUCAGUGUCAGCACGGGAAACACCAACAGACAGGCAGGGCUGUUUGUGCAGCUCAACUUCACCUCUCUGGAGGAUGCCAAGGAGAAGUAUAAAAGAGAAGGGGACAUGGAGGAGCCAUACAUCACAGCCUACCUUCAUUCACAUGACAAACCCAAUGAGUUCAACUGCACAGACAAGAAACGCAUCACACUCAGUAUGACCACGGGGCAAGAUCUCGAUCACAAGAAAUACACCUUCUUCCUGUCGCCAGAGUCGUACGACACCACUCUGGACUACUUUAUCAACGUGAGCACGCCCUGCAGCCCCAGCUCUCAGCCUGUAGGUGUUCAUCUGGAGGUCGGCGUGUUUGCCUCUCUGUGUCAGUACUUCAGUGAGAGUGAGAAGCAGUGGCGCACAGAUGGCAUGGUGCCCCUGGCAGAAACCAACGCCAGCAGAGCUGUUUGUCGCACCAGACACCUCACAGCCUUUGCUGCAGGCCUGUUUGUACCAGCCAACGCCAUCACCUUUAAAGUGCCAGAGCGUUCUGGUGCACCAAACCUGGUUGUGCUGUUGGUGUGUGUAUUGGGCGUACUGAGCUAUGUUGUGGCAGCAGCCAUUUUGCACAAGUUGGACCAGCUGGAUCUCCGCCGGGCUGGUGUGGUUCCACUGUGUGGCCGAGACGGACUCUUCAAGUAUGAGGUCCAGGUCAAGACUGGCUGGAGCCGAGGGGCAGGCACCACGGCUCAUGUAGGAAUCAGUCUGUACGGACGUGAGAGCCGCAGCGGACAUCGCCAUCUCGACAGCAGAGGAGCUUUCACACGCAACGCUCUCGACAUCUUUCAUAUUGCCACGGAUACCAGCCUGGGCAGUGUCUGGAAAAUACGAAUUUGGCAUGACAACAAGGGUCUGUCCCCGGCAUGGAUGCUGCAGUACGUCUUGGUCAAAGACUUGCAGACAGGGAGCAGCUACUACUUCCUGGUUGAGGAGUGGCUGUCAGUGGACAAUGAGAGGACUGAUGGACGGGUAGAGAUUGAGGUGGAGGCCUCAGAGGAGGCCGUGCUUCGUCAGUUGCCCCGCAGACUGCGAUGUGAGCUGCAGCGGGCGCUUUGUGAGAGUCAUCUGUGGCUAUCGCUGUGGGAGAGACCCCCCCGCAGCCCGUUCACCCGCCUGCAGAGAGCCACGUGCUGCGCUCUGUUACUGCAGCUCUUUAUAUUUGCCAACACACUGUGGUAUGGCAUUGUGGUGAACAAAAGAUACAGCCCACAGCCUGUGUCAAGGUAUUCUUCACUGAAUGGCGAGACAGUGGCAGCAGGCAUGGUGACUUGUCUGAUUGUCUACCCUCUCUACCUGCUUGUCUUCACGCUCUUUAGAAUGAGCCGCAGCAAGUGCGUCUCCGUGGAGCAGGUGCCGCCGCAAGUGGAUCAGGAGUCGGUGGAGAUUGACGACUUCCUGGAUGACUCCAUGGCUGGAAGUUCUUUCCUCUUUUUUAAUGGCGAGACCAACUCAGAAGAAACCAAUGUGGAUUUGCCCACUCCAUCAACCAAAAGUGGGGAAAGUUGGUGCAUGGCAGAGGAGGAGCUGGAGGACAGGGACUGGCCGGAGCUGUUGAGUGAUGUGUCUGUGGUGGGAGGGGCGGGCCACGGGGCAGGGCUGCCCAGGCUGAAGAGGGGUCAGGGGAGCAGGCACCUGGGUGUCGACAUGAACUUUAACCCUGAGGACGAGGAGGGGACUGAACAACGCAACAAAUACUUCACCUCCUCAGACGAGGAUCUGAUCAAACACAUCCUGGCAGAUGGACAGAACUUUUUUCCUCAGGCAGAUGAAAGUGAGAUGGCUGACCUGUCGAGCAUUUUAGGAGAUAAGACUGAAGUGAUUCUCCUCCAGAAGCUGAAUGAGCCUCUCCCUCUGGAAUCUGUGAGAAGAGACCCACCAAAAACUGCUUUCACCUCAAAUACAGUUGUGACAGACGUGUGUCGUCCAAGACGGUUUCCUCCCUGGUGUGGACGUGCAGCCCUGUGGGGCAGCUGGGCAGGGAUCGCUCUGGCCAAUGGCGUUUCGAUAUGGGCUGGCCACGGGUUCAGUGACAACAUGGCCAUGAUGUGGCUCAUCUCCUGUUUUGCCAGUUUCCUGUGUUCCUGCCUGCUGUUGGAGCCAAUCAAGGUGCUGUGUGAGGCAGUUUACUAUGCAUUGUGUGUGCUUCGCCUGCGUCCAGAGGACCAGGAUGUGCUGGUGGAGUUCCCCCGUGUGGAGAGAGUGGUCCAACGGGUCCCCAGGGUGAGACCGCCUCAGGGCUUCGCUCUGUCUCAGGCUCGACACCAGGCCCGCAAAGUCCACAUGCUGCACACCAUGCUGAAGAAUUUCCUGGUUUACAUGUUUUUCCUGUUGGUGGUUUUGCUUCUCAACUACUCGGACUCGGCCAAAGACACACACAGCUUGAGACUGCGCACUCAGCUGCAGCGAGCACUACACACACCUGAGUACCACAACAUCAGCAGUCGAGAUGAUGUUCUGGUGUGGCUGAAUGAGUCGCUGUUGCCACGGCUACUAGAUGACUCUGCCCUCUUGAGGGACACAGGAAGCUUGCUGCUUGGCACGCUGAGGCUCCGUCAGAUCCGUGACCUGAAAGUUGCAGGUGGUUUCAGAGCAGGAGACAGUGUAUGGGGAGAGGGCACAGUUCCAUCUCUGAUCAAAGAUGCUGAGAAUUUCACUGCUUUCGGAGCUAGCGAUACAAACUGGGCGUGGCGUUUGGGCCAGAUGAGUGUGUAUAACAGUGGAGAUGUGGUCCACCAGCUGAACAGAAGCCUGGAGGAGGCCUCUGCCUCGCUACAGCAGCUGCAGCAGCUGCACUGGCUCGACUACAGCACCCGAGCUGUGUUUGUGGAGUUCUCGCUCUACAACAUCAACACAAACCUCCUGGCUGUCUUCUCCUUCCUGUUUGAGUUUCCAGUUUCUGAGCGUGCCCAGUCCAGCCUUGACCUCGUUGUCAUUACUCUGUGGCCAAUCACAGGCCUGGACCUGCAGCUGCUUCUCAUGAUCGUCCUCCUCGUCCUGGUGUUGUAUUUCCUGGUGCGGGGAAUCAUGGGCUUCCUCAGAGAGGGAUAUGUGUACCUGCUGUCAACCUGGAGACUCCUGGGCAUCUGCAAACUGGCUCUGGCAGCCUCAGUGUGCGGGCUGCACCUGAGCCGCUGCACCAUCGCCACACGGCAGUGGGCGUCGUACUUGAAGCACCCACGGGACGCCUUCACUGACUUCUACCCCCUGGCCAGACAGAGUCAGAUGUACACAGCCAUGUCUGCCUUGCUGUUGUUCAUACUGGUGCUCAAGGCGUCCCACCAGUUGCGGUUUCUCAGAGAGUGGGCCGUGUUUGGCAGAGCUCUGCGGCGCUCGGUCUGGGAGUUGCUGGGAGUCGCCCUGGCUUUGCUGCUGUUGGUGUUGGCUUACUCACACACAGGACACCUGCUCUUCCACUCUGUAUUUGACGGCUACAGCAGCGUGAGCUCUGCCUGUCUGUCUUUGUUGGGCGCUGGCGGACGUGGUCUGCUAUCAUGGCGUCCUAGCUGGACUAUAACCGGCCCCUCUAGCUCCGUCUCCGCACUGGUGUUCCAUGCAAGUUUUGCCAUACUUCGGCUGGUGUUGCUAUGGCUGGUCACCUCUGUGUUACUGAGGAACUACCGGCGCGCACGAGCAGAGCUGUACCGUCCAGCUGUGGACCUCCAAGACUACGAGAUGGUUGAGCUGUUUCUCAGACGUCUCAAAAUGUGGAUGGGACUCAGCAGGGCCAAGGAGUUUCGUCAUAAGGUUCGUUUCGAGGGCAUGGAGCUGCCACCAUCCCGUUCAUCCUCCACCAGUGACUGUAAGUCCCUGUGCUUGCCACCGCUGGACGGUCCUGAUUCCCCUCCCACCCCAGACAGCAUUGAUGCGGGCUCCGAGGCCUCAUGGCGCCCAGCCUCCUCCAGCCCCUGCAGCCUGACAGAAGCCCCGGGGAUCGGCCUGGGACUUGGGUUGGGCCUGGGUUUGGGGCUUGGUCCAGGGGUGGUGAUGGGAAGCACCAGCUGGAGGGAGAGAGCAGAGACUGAAGCCUCUCUGAGACGGCUCCUCCCCACCCUGGACGCCCUGCUGCAACAGCUUGACCGCGUCACCAUGGCAACAGAGGAUCUGUACCACAUUGAGUGUCGACUGGAGCGGACGCAGAGGAAAAGGAGGAGUAGAGGGAGGGACAGAGGUAGUGGUGGUGGUCAGGGAGGGAGGAGUGAGGCUGGACAGAGAGGGAAGGGUGAGGACAAGGACUCUGCUGGAUGGAGAGAACGAAAGAGUGGCAAAGAAAAACACAAAGGGAGCAAAAAGGGGAAAAAGACGGAUAAAAAUGAACUUCUAAAGGACUGUGGAAACACUGCUGCUAACCCCAAAAAGACUCCAGCAGCUACACCUGUCCCUUUUCUAAAGCCCAGACCAGCCUCUGCCACCAUACACACACCCGCCCCUCAGUCAUCAGCCAAACCUUCAGUCAAUGCACCGCUACCUACACCAGUCACAGAUAAAUCUGCUUCUGACACCUCAGCAAACGCUCCCCCAUCCCAUGUCCCGCAGCCCAAAACACCCCCUGCACCUCCAUGCACCCCUGCGCCCACCCCUUCCUUGCCAUCCACCCCUGCCUCUACCCCUAGUAGCCGGGACUGGGACCCCCCGACAGAGAGAGACACCCUCCCCUCCUCCAGCCUGUUCAACCACCCCGCUCACACUACCACCAUUCCCACACGCAAGCGGAAACGCAAACCCCCGCCCCUCAAAAACAAGGUGCACCCCAACCUAGACAGGCAUGGCCCAGGACACCCUAAAUCCUGAGGAGUCUGGAUAGACGGACAAACACAAGUGAAAGGUGGAGCAAAGGAAGAGUAAAUGUUGGGUUAAGGACGAGAGGAGGACGGGGGCAGCAGGUUUUGUCCCCGGGUGACCCUCUCUAAACCCAAGGGAAGGAGAGAAGGGAUGGGAAAGUUGUAGGACAGGAAGGAAACAAGAAGAAUCACAAGGAGACAAAUGGUUUAGGGUAGUGACAGCAGAUUUGUAAGCAGUGACCCGUCCUAAUCCCACUUCAGUUCAGAAACAUGGUGCGGGUCACCACAUGCUAACUGAGCUGGUUUAAUCAGCCGAGUAAAGGUCCACAAUGAAACCAAAAAACACUCCUUUUCCUUAUUUCCCCCGGACUAAAACUGACCCGGCGUAACCCUGGAGGUCACGUGGGGUCACUGACAGGAGCACAUGAGCGUGCUCACCUGAGGAUUUAACCAACUGAAAGCAGACAAUGCAAUCAGUCCUUUUGUGUAUCUCAGAAAACUGUGUUGAUUUCUCAGUUAUGUUGUCUGUCUACAUAUUUUAUAUAUAUAUAUAUAUAUAUAUAUAUGUGUAUAUAUAUAUAUAUAUGUAUGUAUAUAUAGUAUAUUUUGGUCACCAUGGGUAUUUGUGGCCUGUUUAAAAACAGUCAUGUUUUAUGAACCCAAAUUUGCAUGCAGGCACACACGGAUAUACGCACAUGCAGGUACACACAUGCAUAGAAAUAACACUGUAGGCUCGGACGUGCUAAUUGUAAAGUGCCGUACACUUCAGCCCACUGAGGUACAAGAGGAAACAAAAUGAAACACACACACACACACACACACACACACUCAAGGUUGCUGGGACCCCAGCAGCCAUUUCUUCAGGGUGCAGAUAUAACCGUCCUCUACAUACUGGAGAUGUGCGGAGAAAUGGAUCAAAAGAUACAAAGAUAAAAGGGAAGCCACGAGUAGCGACAAGAAGGAGGCGUAGCAAGUGGUGGUAACACAGAACAAAGUAGCGCAGGAGUGUUAUUGAGAGGUGGGAGAGAAGAAGAAAAGAAGGUGAUGCUCAGUGGAGACGUUUGGUUGUAGAUAAAAGUUGAGGAAGUUGCCUUCACUUACACAGUACUGAACAUUUACACAAGUUCACCCAUCAUAAAGCUAUACUGACUCCCAGUCUGAUUAUCUUUUCAACAUGUGUUCAAUAUGGUUGUGAUUUAAAAGCACUUUUGUUCUGAUGUAAAUUGUUUUUUUUUUUUUUUGAUGAGUUGUGAUGUAAAAUAAGCUUGGUGUCCAAACCAAUAGAGAAAGCUUCACUCAUACUGUAUCUAAACUAUAAACGUUGCCAAAGCUUAUGUAUGCAUUGUGAGUUGUACCAUGCCAAGUAAUUCAUUCAUUCAUUUGUACUUAGCACUUUAUUUCCUAAUGGAGCUGAUAUCCAACGCCAUAUUUAACGCUCAUGUGUCGUGUUUUCAUUACAUAUCUUUAACACAUUAUAGAAACAUCCUAGUAAGUAUUAUCAAGGUGUCGAAGCCACAGCUAGCAGUUGUAUGUGUACUUUUGUCUGCCCUAGUUUUGAUAACUUUCCUUUUUUAAAAUGUCUUAUUUUGAUAAACAUACAUACUUCCUGUGUCCAGUGGGCAGAUCUCAGGGAACCCACCCUUUUCCUCCCCGAACCUGGAGAGAGAGCCAGGAAAACCAAAACUGGGGGUAAAAUAGGUGUUUUCAGUAAUCUAAGGAAAUGAUAUAUGGAAAUGAUAUAUUUUGUGGUUAAAUCAUGCCAGCCUGUUUUAGACUUCAUCUUCCUUCUUCUGUCAGCCAAAAACUGUUUUCAUGGGUUUUUAAAAGGAUAUGAAAAAUGGUAGACGGGCAUACCAGAGUGCCUCCUUCAGUUAGACCCCACCGUUACACAGCAUUAAAUGUUAACACCCCAUUUGGUUUUAAAUCUCACCUUUUCCUGCCCAUAAAGUCGCAUUAAUAUCUCACGGUUCAGGCUCUUUCAAAAAGGACAGAAAAAGACCCUGCUUCAUCUGCGUGUGUGCAUUUCUGUAUAUAUUGGUGCUUCGUGAUGUAAAUAAUUUUGCUUUUCAUGAUCAGUAUUGUUUAUGUGCUACAGUGGCAUAUGCAUUAGGUCAAGCACUGGUGUUGCAAACCCCAAAGUUUUACAUUUCUCCAAUCUUAACUAAAGCACUACAGCCAAAGCUAUCCAUGUAUUUAAUGUAAAUCUUUGCUCACAAUAUGCCAACCACAAACCGCAGGAAGCUCAGCCAUCGACGCCUCCGCUGGCCGUCCUAUUCCUGCUAUGUGUAGUGUAACAAGAUAGUGCCAAAGCCCACAUUCUUGUCUUGUCUCUUUAUGUUGUACGAUGCAUUUUGUUUUAAAAUGGUGUUACACGUGUCUUUGAAAACAUCUGUCUGUGCUCUUCUUUGUAUCUCAUAUCUGUAAUUUUGCAGCUGUAGCACUUCUCCUGCUUUUGCACUUGACAAAGUCGAAUAAAGAGUUUGACAGCUGAACUGUGCGUGAUUAAAUGGUUUUGGUUAAAGUUA